AUGGCAAAAUGCGUGGCAUGUCACAAACCCUUGACCUUGUACAUUGCGCCUGACGAGGAAGAUGAAGAUGAAGAUGAAACGAUGGGAGGUUCUGCCAGUGCGAUCACUGGCUCGUACGUCGACGAUGAUGUGCAAUUGCAAUGUGGGUGCCAUUUCCAUUGGCAAUGUCUCCUCGACUCUUAUUCUAUGUCGGAAUGCCCCAAUUGCGGAAGAAACCUCAUAACGAGUACAGCUUCAGGCGAACAGCAGCUGUUGUGCAAUCUCAAGAAUGAAGGGGGCCUACAAGAGAGGCUUGACAUGCUUCCAAUACUCACUGAAGAAACUUACUUGAAAGCCUACCCCGAGGAGAGGAGGUGUCGAGCUUUUCUAGAAUUCUGCGGAGAGGGCGAUGUUGAGGCGAUAGUUGACCUCCUCAAUGACGACGCCGGAGAAGAGGAUGAGGAGAGUUCUGGUCAAGGUGUAGGACACAGUAUAGAUGUCUUGAGGUAUCAGGAUCAAAUUGGAUCAAUGGGUUCAGGCCUGCACGUUGCUGUUCAGAACCAGAGGAUGGAGGUAGCAUGGCUUCUUCUGCUUCUCGCUUCGACCCUGAAGAUAGACCAGAUUCCAGCAAUGGUUCUUCAGGCCGCACAUAAUUCUGGGAUUCAGAGAGAGGAUCAGAGCGGGAGAGUCGAUAUACGCUUGUUGAAAGACUCUCAGGGUAUGACAGCCGAGCAUCGAGCGGCUGGCAUUGGAGGAUUGUGGACUGAAUGGCUUCAAUCAGGUCGGCUAAAACCGCCAGCGAGUUGA